AUGUUUCUUCUCAUAGACCAAACUCACAUUGCGAAACAAACUCGAAAAGAAAGAAGAGGAGAGAAAAAGAGAUGGCUUCUACCUCCGCCGUGUCAUUGUUCAUGCCACUCACCCAAAACCGAUCGCCGUCGUCGACAAAAUCUGUAGCCUUACGCAAGCCACUAUUGCCUUUGAAGCCAUCUAAGGCGUCAUCCUCCUCCUUAGCCAUGCCUUCACGGAGGUUUCAAGUGAAUGCAUCUAACCUGAAGAUGGAGAAGGCUGUGAGCGGCUUAGCAGCAGCAGCUCUCACCGUUUCAAUGGUGAUCCCUGAGGUGGCUGAAGCCGCAGGCUCCGGAAUCUCUCCCUCUCUAAAGAACUUCUUGCUUAGCAUUGCCGCGGGAGGAGUGGUGCUCACGGUCAUCAUCGGUGUGGUUGUUGGUGUCUCCAACUUUGAUCCUGUUAAGAGAGGCUAAGGACGAGAUUUAUCUGUCUGUCAUUAUAUUAUGAGAUGAGAGAACCAUCCCCAUGUAGUACACCAAACACGCAAAAAGGCUUCUUAAAGCCACUGGGAUUUCAGGGUAAGCUGUGGCCUUUAGAAGAGUUUCCCGGAACAGGUGUGUGGUUAACAUCUUCCUUGGAGCAUAGAUGAUCACAACUGCAGGCAACGGCGGUCCAAAUUUUCCCUUGGGCCCCCAGUCAAGCAUCACCUUAACCUUGAUUCUGUACCGUUACAAUAACUCACAGAGUUUAUAUAUAUAUAUUGGAAUA